AUGGCGCGAGGACCCGCAAAAGACAAGGUGGCCGUCAUUGCGCCGGCGGUCGCUGUCAACAGUGAACACGAUGACCUUGUUCGCAAACGCGACGCGUUUGUCACAUCAAUGACUAUGCUCCGUAACGCGGCCGAAGAAGCCUCGCGUGCUGGGCUCGCGUACUUUGAUCACAUCAUUGGAGCUCCCAAUGGUGAACAUCAAUUCACCACCACAUACUCUCGAGCUCUAUCCGUUGCUCCCCCUGUACGUGCGACCACUGAGGAACCGGAAGGGCCUCUCAAGCGUCCCCGUCGCAAGCGUGAAAAGCGUGACCCGGACCUUCCCAAGAGGCCAAUGACCGCAUACCUCUUGUUUUGUAAUCAGGGACGUGAGACUGUCAAAAGGGAUCUUGGAGAUGGCGCUAGUCACAAGGAUGUCAUCGCCGAAUUGACCAGGCGUUGGGCUGAAGUGCCAGAGGAUGAGAAAAAGGCCUGGCAAGAUUUGUAUCAGAAGAACCGCGUCGUCUAUGACAAGGAACUUGCUGAAUACAAGGCUUCCAAAGAGCCCCACCCUGAAGCCAUUGCCCCCGCUGCUGCUGCAACUGCUGCAUCUGGCUUCACCGCGGUAAACCACACCGAACCCGCUGAAGAAUCUGACGCUGAGUCAGAAGCCGAACCGGAGGCUACAAAGGCUGCCGAGCCUGAAGAAUCCGAGCUCUCCGAGGCCGAACCUGAGGAGGAAGCAGAAGAGGAGGAGGAGGAGGAGGAGGAGGAGGAGGAGGAGGAAGCGAAAUCCCCCACCCCGCCCCCACCCCCUCCAUCCAGAGCCAAGGCUACCCCACGUGGAAAGAAGGCUGUUAAUGGCGCUUCCUCCGUCAAGAAGACCCCCAUCCCUGCGCCAGUUGCAGCGAGCCCUCCUACCACAAAGGAGAAGGAGAAGAGGAAACGAACCUCAAGCAGGAAGAAGGCUGCCGAAGAGGAGGCUGUUGUUGAGGAGACUCCGAAGAAAAAGACCAAGAGGAGAAGAAAGAGUACUGCCGAAUAA